AGGUAUACAAAACUAGGAUAUGCUGGAAAUACAGAACCACAGUUUAUUAUCCCUUCCUGUAUUGCUAUUAAGGAGUCAGCAAAAGUGGGUGAUCAAGCUCAAAGAAGGGUGAUGAAAGGUGUUGAUGACCUAGACUUCUUCAUUGGUGAUGAAGCAAUAGAAAAACCUACAUAUGCAACAAAGUGGCCGAUCCGCCAUGGUAUAGUUGAAGAUUGGGACUUGAUGGAAAGGUUUAUGGAGCAGGUGAUCUUUAAAUACUUAAGGGCAGAACCUGAAGAUCAUUAUUUUCUUUUGACUGAACCUCCACUGAAUACUCCAGAAAACAGGGAAUAUACUGCUGAAAUAAUGUUUGAGUCUUUCAAUGUUCCAGGCUUGUACAUUGCUGUGCAGGCUGUUCUUGCCUUAGCUGCAUCCUGGACUUCAAGACAAGUAGGAGAACGGACAUUGACUGGUACAGUAAUAGACAGUGGAGAUGGUGUCACUCAUGUCAUUCCUGUGGCUGAAGGGUAUGUGAUUGGCAGCUGUAUUAAACACAUUCCAAUCGCAGGACGGGAUAUAACAUAUUUUAUUCAGCAACUGCUGAGAGACCGAGAAGUAGGAAUCCCUCCAGAACAAUCCCUGGAAACUGCUAAGGCAGUAAAGGAGCGCUAUAGUUAUGUCUGCCCAGAUUUAGUAAAAGAAUUUAACAAGUAUGACACAGAUGGGUCAAAAUGGAUUAAACAGUAUACUGGAAUCAAUGCUAUCUCAAAGAAAGAAUUUUCUAUUGAUGUUGGUUAUGAGAGAUUUUUGGGACCUGAAAUCUUCUUUCAUCCAGAGUUUGCUAAUCCAGACUUUACACAGCCUAUCUCAGAAGUUGUAGAUGAAGUAAUUCAGAAUUGUCCUAUUGAUGUCAGACGUCCUCUGUACAAGAAUAUUGUCCUCUCUGGAGGUUCAACCAUGUUCAGGGACUUUGGACGUCGCUUGCAAAGAGAUUUGAAAAGAACUGUAGAUGCCCGGCUGAAAUUAAGUGAGGAACUAAGUGGUGGUAGAUUGAAGCCAAAACCUAUUGAUGUACAAGUCAUUACACACCACAUGCAGCGAUACGCAGUUUGGUUUGGAGGGUCAAUGCUGGCUUCCACGCCUGAGUUCUACCAAGUUUGCCACACCAAAAAGGAUUAUGAAGAAAUUGGACCUAGCAUUUGUCGUCACAAUCCAGUGUUUGGAGUUAUGUCGUAAAAUUGACUUCAUAGUUAUUGGGGUUAGGGUGUUGGGGAAGAGAUAAUCUUUAUGAUUACCUGUUUUGUCUAGAUGGCUGGUUUUGAGGUUUUAAACCUGACUUGAAAUUGUAAGACCAAACAUGAUUAUACAGGAAUAUUUUAAUAAGUGUAUCAACAUGAAGAUGUAGAGGAGAACGAAAGUGAUUGUUUUUCUUUAGAUUGAAUAUUUGAAUCUUAUGUGUAACAAAAAGAAGUGGGAUUUAGUUCUUUCUGUGCCCUGAUAUUUUGUAUAUUAAUGAAUUAUCCAAGAUUUGAUGGGAUUUAUCAGUGUGUAGAUAGCUCUAUAAUGCUUGAAUUGUACACUUCUAAGUGUGCAAUGCAAGAGCUUGUUUAUAUUUCAUACUUUUUAUACUUUGAGGAAAAAAAGUCAAAGAAAAAUUGUAGUAUUUGAGAGAAAAAAAUGACCAAGUAGAGGAUAAAUUAAAAAAACAGCCUCAUGAGACUUGGCAUACACAUUCAUGGGAGUCCAGUUAUUAUGAAGUACUUCCAUCCCCUUCCACCCCUUCUCCCCAAAAGGUUUUCUUUGCAAGUGCUUUUGGAACUAAGAGCUAGUAUCUUGGAUUAACUGAUGCCUGCUAGUGCUUUCUGAUUACUUGCAUUCUGUUUCUUGCUUUAAAAGAAAAGUAAAGACAAGACUGUUGGACCAGUAUUGCAGUUAUGUAGUGUCAUUUCUUAUUAAAAAAAUAAUAAUUUGAUUAAAAUUGGCAUAUUUAAAGCCUAACAACAUUCUAAUAAAGGCACGGAUUUCUUUUUAAUACUUGUUUCAAGCUCUUUAAUCUCUUUAUAAGUUAACUAAUAAAUCUAUUUUUUUCAAACCUCUGCAAUAGUUCUUUAAAAUCACAACAGUUGGUUAUUAGCAAGCUGACUUUUUUAUGUGCUCUAUACAAAUUUUUGUGAACUUUUAAUAUGUUGAGUGCUUUCAUUUUGAUAACUGGAUCUCCAUUUGAUAUUUUCAUUUGUAUAACUCAUUUGCAGUCUGAAUUUUUUUUUUAGUGCCAGUCCCUGACAUAUCAUUGAAAAUUAAUUUUCUUUGCAUUUUAAAAUAUCUGGAUCAUGAAGAAAAAGUGAUGAAAAUAAAUUAAAAUUGAAUUACCUUU